GCGACAAUGCACGAAAGUAGGCGGUACAUGCAGAAAAUAAUGUGUUGAUGUUUUCAAUGUCAAGUCUGUGAUUUUCUUCUUGGAAGUUCAACCAGAAAUGUAUAAAAAAUGAUGGCUACGUCGGGCAAACAGUUGGUGAGGAGUAAAAGUGGGCUCCGUAUGGUGAGUGUUGAAGAGAAAGACACAAGUCCUUUUCAGCUACAAGAACCACCUUGGAUUCCAGACGAACAGUGUCAUUAUUGCAUGAAAUGCCAAGCUAAAUAUGAUCUGGUAAAAAGAAGGCACCACUGUCGGCGAUGUGGUAAAUGUUUCUGUGGGCCAUGCUGUUCAACAAAGGUUCUCCUUCCUCGAAUGAACUUUGUAGAUCCAGUCAGACUGUGUGAGGAGUGUGCAACCUUCACUAGGAAAGAGAAUGAAUUCUUCAACAAGCACUUAAAGGCACUUAUGAACGGCUGUUACUUUUCAGUGGAGACCCCGGAAGAGGGACAAACCAGCAGUUACUGCAAGCUGACAUCAAAUCAUAGGAAUAUCUUGUUCAAUGAUGAGAAACCUGAUAAAGAGAACACAAAGACAACAAUGUGGGUUCAUGAUCCUGUAGCUCUACUCAGUAUCCAAAACCUACAGAUUAUGACUUCAGAAACAAACGUCAAUGGUCAUAUGAUUCCUAAAGCUGUGACCAUUCUAUAUAAGUAUAUUGAUGAGACGAGAGAGGUUACUAUGACGGUCCCUGAUGAUUCAUCCAGGAAACAGUCCAUUGCUUGGAUUGUCGCAUUACAAAAGGCUUACAAACUUCUGAACGAAGCUAAGAGGCGAGAAGAGCUCCCAAGCCCUUAAAAGCACUACCAGUAAAUAGACAUUUCAUCCAGGCACGGCCUUUAUUGUGCAACUCAUCUCCUGCAAGAUUAUCAUCUGUAAAUAUAAACUAUAGUUUAUUCCUGAGCAUUGCAAAUGAGCAGAGACCAUUUUGAUUUUCUUAUUCACGUUCAUCCUAUGUCAGCUUUAGACACAAACACUUGCAGGAGAGUUUUGGGAAAUGGAUUGUUGGACGGUGUCUCUUCUUUGUGCGUGGAUACAAGACACUGGAAAGCUGCAAUAUGGUGAUCAUAUGGAGAGAUAUACUAUUUUGCUUCUGUGUAACAACACACCUUUGUGUUUAUGUUUCUGAAUAUUUAAUUCUAAAUUAGAAAGGUGACAGAGUACUUCAUACUGGAUAUUGCCAUAGCAGGAUGAUAACGAUGAGCAAUCAGGAUUGUUUCAUUCCAGUCUGGCAUCCGACACCUGUAUGUGAGUGUUUCUGAAUGAACACUUUGUCAAACACUAUACAGAGGAUAUUGCAAAUGGGUGGGCAUUGGCAGCAGUGGUUAAGAAAUGAUUGGACACCAUUUUGUUGCUGUCCAUCAUCACACCCUUUGUUUUUGACUGGUAGAUUCUUUGUGGAACACUACACAGAGGGCAUUGGCAGCAGUGGUGUAAGAAAUGAUAGGACACCAUUCUGUUGCUGUCCAUCAUCACACCCGUUUUUCUGACUGGUAGAUUCUUCGUGGAACACUGCACAGGGUACUGCAUACAGCUCCACAAUGAUGAUGGCGGUGAGAGAAGGGAUUGGAGACCAUUCUAUUCUUUUCCAGUGAGUCAGUGCAUUUGUGAGGAAGAACGCUUCUGUUUCUGGUGUAAUGUACAUGUACAGUGAGAGAAUAUAAUGAACAUGUAUUGCUGGUGUGUAUCUCUUUAUAGUAGAUAAAAUUUCAUAAUUUCCAGUUUUGUCUCCUUUUCUUGGCAUUUGUUAUAAAACUGCCAAUAUUACGCUUAACAAAUACCUGGGUAAUGUGUUCAGGUAAAACAUUUAACAACUCUGUAGAUGAAUAGUGGGCCUACAUGUAUAUGGACAAAUUAAAACUAGUUGUUCUAAGGACUAUCAAAAUUACCAUGAUUGAUCACUCAAAGAAAGAAAUAAGUAGGAAGAGGAGUGUGAGGAAGGGGGGGGGGGAGUGAGAGAGAAAAGCUACAAAUUUGGUUGUUUAUUUCUGGGCUAAAUCCAUUCAAAUUUGAUGGUGAUGUCGGUGUUAAAAGCAUAAAUUAGGUUACCUUCACAGGCUCUUAGUCUCCAGCACCUAAUGUGAGUCAAGUCAUGAAAAUGAAUCAUAAUUUAUUUCUCAUUUUAUUGCAUGCUCAACACUGAGUCACACUUAGGUCCAGCCCAAAAAUGAAUGUGUAAAAGUGUGAAGUCAAAUAAUUUCUUGCCAUAUUUUCUGUGAAUCUUCAGUGUCUAGAUUCUGUGGUUAUUGUAUUAGAUUUGAUUGUUUGAGUGCUCAUUUCACAGUGCACACUUUAUUCACCUGUGACAUGAGCAUCAAAAGAGUCAAAGUUCUCUGAGGUGAAUCUGUCCAGAUUGUAUUUUUUCUUAUAUAUUAAAAUGAACAAGGAUUGUAACAAAUCCUUUAAAAGAGAUUGACUGCCAAGCCAUAAACAUAAGUUUUCAUUCAUGAGUGGACAUUUGUAAUACUGAAGAAAAUUUCCCACUUAAGUUUUGAAAUGUGGUAAAUGAAAGAUUUCUAUUUUAUUACUGUAAAUGUUUUCCCCAUUGUUGGAUUUGGCAGUGGAGUUGCUGGAUGUCCAUGUGUCAGUAAUAUACUGUAGCAAUAGUAUUGAAUCCUGGAUGUUUUAUCCUUGGUUCUGCCAUACAAAUAUAACAGCUUAAAGAUGAUCCUUAAUUUUUCCUUGUCCCGAAACAAAAAGUGAUCAUGGUGAGCAGCCAUUUGGGAGGACUAAUGAGAAAACCUGUACAUUGAAAUUAUGAUAGAUCAUUGUUUUGAUGGUCUGAUACACAGGUUUUCUAUUGUUCUGUCCUGUUGUCAUGACGUCAUCUGGGAGUGCUCUAUUGUAGCAGUCGAUUGCAUGAUUGGUCACAAAGAUUAAUACCAGGCUCUGAUUUACCCAAGCAUUUUUUUUUUAACCAGGUAAAUCAUGAUAUCAAAGAUUCUUACUGAAGUGUGGAUUUUCGUAGGAAGAAUGGUUAGGGAUGCAUUAUUUGUUGUAAAUAAUAAUAUUAUGGUCUACUCAUACAUAUUUCUUGCAUGUGAAAUCAGUUCUCAGAUAUUUUCAGUGUGAUCAGGCUCUCUUGCUAGAAUCUGAAGAAGAAAAGUUUUCAUGCUUAAAAU